CAUGUAUCUUUAAUGUAGUAUUAUGACUUGAAGGCCUCAACAUCUGUCUGGAUUGGAGAUGAUUCGAGAUUUAUGUGAGGGGAAGCUGGAGGGCGGAGAAAUCGGUUCAACAGAAAUAACCUUCACUCCUGGGAAGAUCAAAGGUGGAACCCACAUAGCAGAUACAAAAACAGCAGGGAGCGUGUGCCUACUGAUGCAGGUAGCAAUGCCCUGUGUGCUGUUUGCUGCUUCCCCAUCAGAACUUCAUUUAAAAGGUGGGACUAAUGCUGAGAUGGCUCCUCAGAUAGACUACACAGUCAUGGUUUUCAAGCCAAUCGUUGAAAAGUUCAAUUUCACAUUCAAUUGUGACAUAAGAAAGAGGGGCUACUAUCCCCAAGGAGGUGGUGAAGUUAUAGUCCAAAUGUCACCAGUCAAAGAGUUGAGCCCAAUAAACUUAACAGAACGUGGCACUGUGACAAAGAUAUAUGGAAGGGCGUUUGUUGCUGGAGCACUGCCUAUAAAACUGGCAAAAGACAUGUCAUCAGCAGCAGUGAGAUGCAUCAGAAAAGAAAUCAGGGAUCUUUACGUUAACAUUCAGGCGGUUCGAGAACCUGAUGAUCAAGCCGUUGGGACUGGAAGUGGAAUAAUCAUUGUUGCAGAAACUUCAACAGGUUGCUUGUUAGCUGGGUCAUCACUUGGCAAGAGAGGAAAGAAUUCUGACAAAGUUGGCAUUGAAGCAGCCGAGAUACUGCUUAGAAAUCUUAAACAUGGUGGAGCUGUGGAUGACUCUCUACAAGACCAACUGAUUAUUUUUAUGGCACUAGCAAAGGGGGUGUCCAGAGUGAAAAGUGGACCAAUCACACUUCAUACUCAAACUGCUAUACACUUUGCAGAGCAGCUAACGAAGGCUAAAUUUACUGUAACAAAAUCAGAAGAGGAAGAUCCCAGUAAAGAUGCUUACAUCAUUGAGUGCCAAGGAAUGGGGAUGAUAAACUCAAACUUGUAGGGUUUAAGAAAAAGAACAAGCUAACAAAAGCAAAACUCAGCAUACCUCAGUGAUGUAUUGCACUACAUUUCAGUGGAUGUGCAAUAUGCGGGUGAACAGGAGGACCCUUCUGUCACAUCUAAUUGAUUAAUUUGAUUUAACUUCAAGGAUGCUGUCUAGUUUUCCUUUGGCUUGCUGAAAAUGAUUUUUUUUUUUUUUUUUUACUGUUAACAGCAAAAUGAGUACAGACAGGACA